AUGAUGAUGAUGAUGGAUACGUGCAAAGACACGCCGAACUGCUACAACCAGAACGGAAAAAAGAUCAAGGACUGCCCGUUCGACUACGCGACGACGCUGAUAUGAAAUGUAAAAAUGUCUGGGUCUGGAAACUUGUGAUGCUGGGUGGCGUCUCAUGAUGAGGCUACAAAUGCUGGCUCAGCAUGACAAGUUUCUGAGGUCCUAGGUGUUGCCUAUUCUGCAUGACAAACUGCGUUUCUGCAUCACAGAAGAAUGGGGCUCUGGGGUCACGUGCAUGACUACAGAUUUGAGAGUCAUGCCAGACAAGCAUGACAAACAUGCAUUCUUCCAGACCCAGACAUUUUUACAUUUGAUAUCUGAAGCAGAUUCCGAACUCCGGGAAGACCCUCGUGUCUGGUUGGGCCACUCCGAUGAAGUGCGGCUCCACGUACACGAACUGCGCUUGCAAAUACAACGGGGAGGAGCUGGCCAGCAGCGUUUACACGAACUUUCCCACCAGCCAGCCGGGGCAGUACAAGGAUCUUGCGUCGAUCAAGGUGUACGGGACCAGCUGCAACGCGUGGGACAACACCGCCGGCACCCCCUGGUUCGCGGGCUCCUGUCAAGGGAAGAGCUCCUACCCCCUCGACGCGAACCCCUGGUGCUUUGACCCGUGGUUAUGCAUUGCAAAAAUGUCUGGGUCUGGAAAGUUGAAACUUGUAAUGCUAGCUUUACAUUACUGAGAAAUCUGUGUUGCAUAAGCAACAAACGACGCAGCCACUUUUGUCAUGCAAAAACGUAGUUUCUCAUGCGGACUUCCUAUGAAAAAGCAGUCUGGAAAGUUGUCAUGCUGGGCUGCAUGCGGAAGUUUUUCCAUCAUCCCCAUUUUAGCAUGACAAGUUUCCAGACCCAGACAUGUUUGCAUUUGAUACUGGUGCUACGUCGACGAUACCUGCCCCUGGGGGGUGGCGUCUUCCGUGUUUGCCGGAACCGGUUCCCCCGCGGCCAAGUACUCGUACCAGACGUGCGGGUUCAAGGACUGCUACGCGAACUCGACCCUCACCGACGGGUUCGGUACCUGCCCGAACGAUCCGACCGGCACGCAGUCCAACCGCAUGGACAAGAAGAACGCCGGCACUAGCACCGGGGAUUGCGAAUGCAAAUACAUCGGUGGAGAACUGCCGUCGGCCUUGUACACCGGUAGUGCCUACUAUGGAAGGAAAAAAGUUGUUGUAGUCGGGCUCGAAAUUGCAUUACGCUGAGCAGACUGGUGUGCUGCAGUACUAGGGCCGGCAAGACAGACACGCUCUGUCAUGCGUAAACCGCAAAUUGCUCACCUGCUUUAGUUUUUAUGCAUUGUCUUUUGCCUGAAUGAAAAAGCGCUCUCCGGCACUUAUUUGCAGAUUUUUUUUGUCACGGAGCAGUAGACCAAGCCUGUGUUGCUGCAUCACUGCAAAUAAAGCAUGUCUUUGUAAAACCUGACGCACUUUUUUUCUUGGAUACGCCUGCCAACAUGACCAGCAUCAAGGUCUACGGCACGUCCUGCGCGGCUUGGGACAGCGUGAGCGGGAUACGCACGAAAAAAACUGUGUAAGUGUAACUUUGUCUUGCAGACGUUGCAAUACAGUCACGCUUGUCAUGCCGGAUAUGCAUCAGAGGCUAUUUCAAUGCAUGUUUUCGCGUAGUAGCUGCGCAUGACAGGUUUUCUGUCAUGCAAAACAAAUCUGUGAUGCUGUUCCCGCAAAAAAGUUAGACUUAAGCCGUUUUUUUCUUCGAUACGGGACCCCCUGGAAGCAGUACUGCCCCGCCGACGGGAAGACCGAUUUCUGCACCGCGGGGAACAACUACUGCCAAAUUCCCUGGUGCUACGUGGACCCCGUGAAGUGCUCCACCGGGAUCUCCACCACGGUCUUUGCCAGCAGCGGCACGGCCAUGGCGUAUUCCUACGACACCUGCCGCUCCGCGCCCGACUGCUACACCACCGCGGGGAAGACGGCGAACGCGGCCAAGUGCCCCUACGAUUUAUGCGUUGCAAAUAUGUCUGGGUCUGGAAACUUGUGAUGCUAAAAUGUGGUUGAUGGAAACACUUUCGAAUGCAGCCCAGCAUGACAACUUUCCAGAACGCUUUCUCAUAGGCAGUCCGCAUGAGAAACUGCGUUUUUGCCUGUACAAAAGAGGGCGCGACUUUUGUUGGUUAUGCAGUACAGAUUUCCUAGGCAUGGAAAGCUAGCAUUACAAACUUUCCAGACCCAGACAUAUUUGCAUUUGAUACGAUUCGAAGGAGAACGAGUUCUACACGCCGCAUGUUUGCAAACUGAAGGGCACGUUCUCCGACUGCUCUUGCAAGGCGCAGGGCACCAACCACACCACUGCGUUCUUGGACAUGUACCCGAUUACUAACCCGGGACAGUACAAGAACCUGGGUGUAUCUCAAGGAAAUUUAUUGAUAUUAUACCGCACCGCGCGUAGGCGUUGUACUACAUAUUUCCAUUGACAUGCUGUUUCAUCCGCAUGACACAGCCAAUGAUGAUGAUCGUGAUGCUUGUCGCAGCGUGUUUCGCCUGACAAGUCGCGUAGUGGGCGGCGGCUGUUAGGUAGUCCUUAGGUGAUGUUGUUAUGAUGCAUUUACUUCUAUCAUGUGGUCGUGCUCGUGGUGCCUGUUGUAGUUGUACCUGUGCGGCAAUACAAAUGAAUUUCGCAGUGCAUAUGGGGCCGUCGGCAUCUACGGGAGCUCUUGUGCGGCGUGGGAUCGCGUGCCCGACACGCCGUGGGUCAGUUACUGCCAGACGCCAGCCAACUUCGGAACCACGGACAACUGGUGCACGUCGCCCUGGUGUUACGCCGACGAGUCGUGCACGUGGGGGGUCCAGAGCAGCGUCUUCCAGGGAUCCCCCCUCGCAUUUUACUCGUACCAGUCCUAUCGCCCGAAAAUAAACCUGCUUCGCUUGUUGAAACUUGCAUAAAAAUUGCGGACGAGGAAUCUGUGUUUGAAGUCUCAGAGCCUUGCGAAUCAAUGUCCUUGUCUUCAUGUGUGAAGUAACAGCUAAGUCGUCUCUAUCAUGCAAAUUUUCACCAAAGUCCUCACAUCACUGAAGCAGUUUUAUUUUCCUGCCAUAACCCCUGCGGCGUAAACAAUUGCUACACGAUAUCCUAUUCAAAAACGUCCCCACCCCAUAGUUGUAAUGCAAAUCUGCAUGCUGAAAAUGUUUCUCAUGCGGAGCCCCAUGAGAAGCAUUUUCCAAUCGUGUUUUGCAAUAUGUCAUGCUCCAAUCGGCAUGGUAUGCUAGAUCUGUGAUGCUGCUGAGCUAGCUCAAACAGCACUACACUACGAAUCCAAAUUUGUCAUGUAAAACAGCCAAAGCUUGUGGAUUUGUCUAGCCGAUUCCCCAACUUGACUAUGGUGUGGGGACGUUUUUACUCAGGAUACACGAGCGUGCCGGGCAUCUCGUCCACCACUGCGACGGGGUUCUGCCCCAACGACCCCACCGGGACCAAGUCGAACAAGUACGACAAGGCCGGGUCCUGUGCGUGCCUGUUCGGCGGGGACAAAAUCAACUCGACCAUCACCGGCAGCUACCCGGCCUCCAACCCGGGCCAGUACCAGAACUUGAAAUUCAUCUCGUACUACGGCACCACGUGCGCCGCCUGGGACCAGAUGCCCGACACCCCCUGGUACAGCUACUGCCCCGCUUCCCAGAACGACGUGGCCGCCCACCUGGGCUGGUGCAGCAAGGACUACAACUGGUGUCAGGUCCCCUGGUGCUACGUGGACCCCAGCUGCCCCACCGGGAUCGCCAGUUCCGUGUUCGCGGGCUCCACGGCGGCGAAGUACUCGUACGACACCUGCCGCUCCGCGCCCGACUGCUACAACACGCCCUACGACACGCAGUGCCCGGCUGAUGCCAGCAAGCUGAACAACUGGCACACGGCCAAGGCCUGCGGUACGACGACGUGGGCCGCCUACCUGAUGAAGGGGUACGACCGCGCCACGUCCUUGGCCAGCUACACUCGCCAUUCCACCCCGGUCACGAUGAGCUUCGCGAUGGAUGUCGCCAGUUUGACGGCCGCCCAGAAGACCGCGGCCAAAAACAAGAUCACUUCCACGUUGUUGAGCAUUAUGUGCGGGCCGGUCUCCGGUACGGGCAAGACGUUCAGUGAUCUGGCCUCCUGCACCGGCGGACAAGUCCAGAACGGCAUCUACGCAGAAAUGGACGUGGCUUUCACGGGCGCGCUCGCUGCCCGCCGCGAACUUCGCAAGCAGCUGCGUCGGCAGUUGACGACCAGCUCGGCCGGGGCGAGCGGCUCAUUCAACUUGUACGCGGACGCCAACAGUGCCACGAACCUCGCAACGGCGCAGGGGCAAAUGACGGCUGCGGGGACCGCGGGAACGUUCGCCUCCGCCACCAUGCAAACGACGCUGCAGACCGCGCUGUCCAACGAUGCGGCCCUGUCCGGCGUCACCUUCACGGCCACGGUGGAUCCGUAUGAGACUGCACAACUGUACAGCCUCCCCCUCAUUUGUAAUGCAAAAUACCACAUUUUUCACACCUUGCCCGUAAGCACUGUUAGGCAUGACAAAUUUUGGGACCUCAAAUAGUACUACUACAAGCCGCCUGCAGAUUUGAUUUGUCAUGCGAAAGCCCCUUUUCUGCUGUUGCUUGUGUUGCUGUUCAUGCCAUACAAAUGAGGGGGAGGGGGACGCUGUGCACGCUCAUAAUCCAGUUACCGUGCCCACCACCACGGCGACCGGCGCCGCGCCCGUCGCCGGUUCGACCACCGCCACGACCUCGUCCUCCUCCAGCGAUGACGACAUGGACACCGGUGUGCUCAUCGCGAUCAUUCUCGGCGGUAUCGCUGGCCUCGCUCUGAUCGUUGUCAUCGUGCUGAAGGUGAUGGGGGCGGGCCCCUUCGCUGGUGGAGGUGGCGCGGCUGCUGCAAAGAAACCGGUUACGAGGGCGGAAGGCGAAGCUGCUCCUGCUGCCGCUGCUGCUGCUCCCGCUGCUGCUGCCGCUGCUGCUCCGCCGCAACUUGCAGCUGCAACGGAAGCCGCAGCUUCCGCCGACAAUCAGGUGUAAGUGCAAAAAUCGGGAAGAUUUCUCCUCAUGAAGUAGUAUGGUCAACAUACAGCUGCAUCUAAAGUACUAUCCCGCUUUUGUCCUCUACCUCGGAGAUACAAAAAAGUCUUUCCUCCAAAUGGAGUUUUGAAACAGGAGCAGGUAGAGGAUCCGAAAGAGGCGAUCACAUCUUUAUUCUAUGGUUAUAUCUAUGUAAAAAAUAGAACAAGAACUUCAACUCAAACUCUGAAAAGUCAAGCGCUGGGCCGAUGACUGGAAGUAAUUGACAAACUGAAAGAAUCGGCGACUCUUACAGUUUUGUAGUCAUAGGGGUGCACUCGCAUGACUGUGAACUAAGAAAAAGGAAAUGUCUACUCCUCGUUAGAGAAGAUCCAACAAGUAAGUCUACUUUCUUACUUCUCUACUAAACGUCUCAUCUGCAGACGCCGGCGUUGCUCCUUUUGCUUGCGCCCCCGGUCGUCCCAGUGGGCGACUAAUUAUCUAUACUUAAUCCCGAAUACACUACCGGCUUUUUGUUCUAUCAUUUCAUUCUUGAUCUCAAUAAACGCAUAUUACUAAAUAUUGUACAGUUAAACUGCUCUUGCGACGACCUAAGGACUUUAAUGCCGACAAAUCUAUUAUGUACAAUUUUGAAAAUUUUCGGCUGUAUUAGUUCUUCUCUGUUUGUUCAGUUUCUCUUGCGCCCGCAAAACCUCACAGGAUGUUCAUCUAAUUACUUCCUCUAUUUAUGUGUCACAUUUUCGACAUCAGUGCCAAAUUUUUCCCACUUUAUUUUUGAAUUUAAGGGAGCAUCAGUAUCGGUUUCAGUGCUGCGUCUCAUGAGCUUGCGUAAGGUAAGCUAAGUUGCAAGUCAAUUCUGACAUGGGCACUUGUAUUUGUGUCACCACGACGGUCCUACAUCGCCUAUGACGUAAGGGGUUUAACUUUUGCGAAAAACUUUGCCUUUGUUCUGAAAGGUCUCGACCUUACUGGUUCUGGCCGAAAUUUAAACUAACAACUAAACAAGACGGCGCAUUUGACGAACCAAAGCACAGACAAAUCUCUCCAAACACACGCAGCAGCGGUCUAU